AUGACGACCAAUUCUACUUUAAAAUGGGAGAAACUUGAUGAAAAAUUCCCAUGUGAGUCUAGAGAUGAAUUUCACAUUCCAACAUAUAAGUCUCUGGGAAUACCCAAUAUCCCUGAAGGGAAAACUGAGACUUCUUCGGUAAAUUAUCUUUGUGGUAAUUCCUUGGGAUUAAUGCCUAAACAGACAAAAAUAGCUAUAAAUCAUGAAUUACAAGCAUGGGCUGAACGUGGUGUUGAAUCUCAUUUCAGACAUCCCAAAGAAAAUGGUACACCUUGGGUUGACAUCGAUCUACCAUUGUGUCCAUUAAUGGCCUCUAUUGUAGGUGCCAACACUGAGGAAGUAGCAGUAUUGAAUAGUUUAACUGUGAAUUUAAACAAUAUGUUAGUGUCUUUUUAUAAACCUACUCCAAUGAGAUAUAAGAUCUUAUUUGAAGCAGGUGCGUUCCCUUCUGAUUGUUAUGUUUUCAUAAAUCAAUGCAGAAAUCAUGGGAUAGAUCCUGAAGAUGGCUUAAUUAAGUUAAGACCUCGUGAAGGUGAAUACACAUUAAGAACGGAAGACAUAUUGGAAACCAUUGAGAAGAAUUGCGAGUGUCUAGCUUUGGUAUGUUUACCGGGUAUUCAAUAUUAUACUGGUCAAUUAUUUGACAUAGAGACUAUCACGAAGGCUGUUCAUGGUUACCCAGGUAUCGUAGUCGGCUGGGAUCUUGCACAUGCUGUAGGAAACUCUGAGUUGAAAUUACACCACUGGAAUGUUGAUUUUGCAGUUUGGUGUUCUUAUAAAUAUCUGAAUGCAGGCCCCGGUGGUAUCGGUGGAAUCUUUGUCCAUGAAAGAUACCAUACUAGAGGAGGUAAUAAUAACAAUAAUACCUACUUAACGAGACAAGCUGGAUGGUGGGGGAAUAAAAAGGAAGAAAGGUUUCUAAUGAAGGAUACUUUUGAUCCGAUUCCAGGUGCUCUAGGAUUUCGUCAAUCUAAUCCAAGUGUUCUUGACGUAGUGGCACUAAGGGUAUCUCUAGAGAUAUUUGAAAAAUAUGGUGGGAUUACACAGCUAAUGAAGAGAUCGUUACUAUUAACAAAAUUUCUAUUCGAAUUACUACAAGAAUCGCCAUUCUAUUACGAGAAUGUUCCAAUAUUCGAAGAGAAGGCUGCCGAAACAGGUAAAAUUUUGGGAUUUGUUGUUAUCACUCCUUGCAAGAAUGACAAGGACCAUGGCGCGCAGCUGUCCCUACUGUUCCUCUCUAAAGGUCUCGAAAGACCCAUGGAAACUAUCUUUGAAAUCAUCAAUCAACAAGGUGUUAUCGCAGACGAACGUAAACCGGACGUAAUCAGACUUGCACCUGCGCCACUCUACAACACUUUCCAGGACGUCUACGAGAGCGUCCAGAUCCUCAACAACGCAAUGAAGAACGUUACAGGAUACUAG